UUGAAUAAUCGAACAUAUAAUAAAGGGUAGCCAGCCUCCAUUCGCGGCGGCCCCUUCCUUACCGUAGGUUAAUUAAUAUCUACGCACCUUCGUCAACCUUCCAUACCUCAUUCAAUCUCUUCUCACCAAAAGAAGAUCCAAACUCUUCUCUUACAUACAUUAGGUUAAAUCUUCACUUGUUUUUCAAUUUUUAGUAGUUGAAACUAGCGGCGAUGUUUGGUGUUUUCCGGCGAAAAGUCGUUAGCGGAAGCUCUUCUGCUUCGAUUGUAGGGAAAUCAUGGCGAGCGUCUCGUCCUGUAGCAUCAACAACAACUUGUUUUGCAUCAGAAGGAGAGGUAGUAUUACUCCAUCCGGGAAUCAGUGGCAAUGUUCGAAGUAUAUGUCAUCUUACCCAACCUGGUGCAACAGUUAAUCUAAAGCCGUUAAGGGAAGUUAUGAUCAGUCUUCAGCCAUGUGUCAGUGUGCAAAUGCAGACUAGAACAUUCUCCUCUAACAGUGGUGAUCUGGUUGAUGCUGUUGUUCCUUUUAUGGGUGAAUCUAUAAGUGAUGGUACAUUGGCCACUUUCCUAAAAAAACCUGGUGAUAGGGUAGAAAUCGAUGAACCAAUUGCACAAGUUGAAACGGACAAGGUGACCAUUGAUGUUGCUAGCCCCGAAGCUGGUAUUAUUCAAGAGUUUGUAGCAAAAGAAGGGGACACUGUUGAACCAGGUACAAAAGUCGCCAUCAUUUCUAAGUCUGCAGAAGGUGCUGCUGCUCCAUCCAAGUCAGCGUCUACCGAGGCUGUUUCUCAGCCAUCUCCGACUGCUGUGGAGAAGGUCGAGGAGAAGCCUAAGCCAAAAGUCGAAACCACCCCUGUCAUAGAGAAGCCAAAACCAGCUUCUCCGCCACCUCCUAAAACUUCCGCUUCAGAACCUCAGCUUCCUCCUAAAGACAGAGAAAGACGUGUUCCUAUGACCCGUUUAAGAAAGCGAGUUGCUACACGUCUGAAAGACUCUCAGAACACAUUUGCUUUGUUGACAACAUUUAAUGAAGUUGACAUGACAAAUUUAAUGAAACUUCGUUCCGAGUACAAGGACGCCUUCUUAGAGAAGCAUGGAGUUAAGUUGGGACUGAUGUCUGGUUUUGUUAAGGCUGCUGUUAGUGGAUUGCAAAAUCAGCCGAUCAUUAAUGCUGUUAUUGAUGGAGAUGAUAUCAUAUACAGAGAUUAUAUUGAUAUCAGCAUAGCUGUCGGUACUCCAAAGGGGCUUGUUGUGCCAGUUAUCCGCAAUGCUGAAAAGAUGAACUUUGCUGAGAUAGAGAAAGAGAUAAACACUCUUGCUAAGAAGGCAAAUAAUGGGACCAUUUCCAUUGAUGAGAUGGCAGGUGGCUCGUUUACAAUCUCUAAUGGUGGUGUUUAUGGAAGCCUUUUAAGCACUCCCAUCAUCAAUCCUCCUCAGUCUGCAAUUUUGGGUAUGCAUUCAAUUGUGAACCGGCCAAUUGUGGUUGGUGGCGACAUAGUCUCACGUCCCAUGAUGUACAUCGCCCUAACCUAUGACCAUAGGCUAAUUGAUGGAAGAGAGGCCGUGUUUUUCCUGCGCCGAAUUAAAGAUGUGGUUGAGGAUCCAAGAAGGUUGCUUCUCGACAUCUAAACAGAUUAUGGUAUACUUGAGUCAACCAGGAUAAUCAUUUUUCAUGCCAAAAUUUUGUAGGCUUUUGCUGUUUUGUGACAGCUGGCCAUGAGUACAUUUUGUUGCACUUUAUACUUGUUUGGAUCGUACACCGCCCAAACCAGGCGUACGUUGCUUCGUUGGUUUGAGCUUUUUGUCAUACUCGUGAUUUAUUCUUCAAUAACCUUAUCAAACACCAUUUUUGGUCUUGUAUUAUGCUUGAACUGUUGGGAUUUUUUUUAAGAUGGGAUACACAUUAAUGUUGUGAAA